GGAAGCUCCAGGGAUUCGCUUGUUGAGGGCCUGCGGGCCGGUCCACGUAGGUAGUACGGCAGGAUGUCGAUGUCGAUUGAUCAGAAGCUGUCGAUGUCCCUCGAUGACGUCAUCAACGCCGCGUCAACCGCCAAUGAGCCCACACCAGAACGCUCCGGCCGCGCCAAGGCCAAGGCCAAGGGCAAGGGAGGCGGCGGGCGGCAGGAGAGACGUCAGAGUGCCCCUGCGAGCGGCCAGAUGGAGAUACAGGGAAACGUCCAGCAGCAGCAGCCAAAGAAGAAGAUCACCACCAAGAAAAACCAGCAGCAGCAUCAGCAGACGGGAGGACCGAACACCCAACAGGGAGGUAGGCAACGUAGCACCAACACACACGAAGGAGGAGGGGAGGGGAGGGGAGGCAGAGCAACGACAGGCGCACACCCCCUGUUGGUCUCUUCAGGCGGUGUGGAGCUCCAGCCGGCUGGCCGCUCUCCUCGUGCUCGUAGCGGCGGCAAUGGGCGCGGCAACCGUCGUGGCGGCGGAGGGUCCAAGAGCCCUCAUGGCCCAGGCGGCCGACCUGGUGUAGCACUCAAGCCGUCCAAGCAACAGCAACAGUCACAGCAGCAGGGCGGCGGGCGAGGGGGAGGGGGUGGUGGGCAGCCUGGCGGUGGCGGUGGUGGCGGUCCUGUCAUGGCCGUCAUUCCGUCGCCGCCUAUUCGACCUGCUCGGCCGGCCAAUGAGGGCUUCGGUGGGAGGCGGGUGAAUCGCAUGGGCACCAUCCAGAAGGUAAGUAAGCAAGAAGCAACAAGCAGCAAGGGAGUCGAUGCAUUCAUGUCAGCGAUGGUGUUGUGGUGUGUCUGAUCUGAUGUGUACAUCAAUCAGGGUGAUGCUCACCACGUUCAGCUCGUUCCCAACCCCGCCAGUCGCGCGGUCGUGUUCAUUCCUAACAUGGCACGACCUCCUCCUCCUCACAUGGCCCCUCCAGGGCCGGUCCUCCGGCCCAACCCGGCUGCCGUCUUCCGGCCGCAACAGCCACCCGUCAUCGCCCCACCACACCGACACCCACACCCACACCCAGAGCCUGCAUUCUUCCCUCCCGACAUUCAGCCCGCACCCAUCGGCCCUCCCGUCCUCAACCCCAGGGACGACAGCGGCAGGGGACCACCCGGUCGGCAGGUGGUCCGCCUGCGACCCAAGGGUGGGCGUGGCAGUGGUGGUGGUGGUGGCCGCGGCAGAGGGGGAGGGGUAGGGGGAGAGAUGGGUCCGAACGGGCCGGUGUACCACGAGGAUCGCAGCAUGAUGCCGCCGCAGGGGCCGGCUGGUAGUGGGUUUGAGUCGUCGCAGCCGUCACGUGCUCGGUACGACGAGGACCUGGUGGGCGGCAUCGACUCACGUGCGGGGGGGACGCCUCGUGGGCCCGGGGGAGGGGCAGGGGGUGGGGAAGGGGGCGAGCGUGCGCGUGUGAGCCCGUCACGUGCGUCGGGCGACCUCGACCGUCGGCCGAUCGAGAAGCCCUCCAAUGCACCCCGACACUAUACCGAGGACGAAUGGGAGAUGAUGUGAGCAGCCGCCACAGCACCAUAACACACACCACACUCCUGACACUCACCCCCUAUCUCCCAUCUCUCUCUCUGUGUGUGUGUGUGUAUGUAUGUGUGUCAGGACCAAGAUCAAGAUAAUGGCGCAGCUGGAUCACAUUCCCAACCCGAUGAAGGAGCAGCAGCUGCAGGUGAUCGACCUGCCGGCGGUCUACUUGCGGCAGCAGGAGAAGGAGGACGAGCUGCUGGCGCAGCGGAUGCGCCACCACUCCCAGCACCAGCACCAGCAGCACCAGGGCCAGGAGGGGGACAUGGACAUGGACAUGCAGGUGGACGGCGAAGGCGUUGGGGGUCAGCGGAUGGACCGGUGGCAGCCCGACCAGGGCAACUACUAUGACGAAUACGACAGACGCCGAUAGAUAGAUAGUUCGACACACUCAGACACACACACACACAUACACAUAUGCGUGAGUAGGUAGCCGGGUGGAGAGGGAGAAGGGGAGAGGGCAGGUUGGAAGGUUGCGCGGGCCUUUCGCAUUACGGUGGCUGCUUCGAUGGUGCCUGCCUGCCUGCUUGUCUGGUUGUUUGUCUCACUGGCUGAGUAGCAGUGCGUCUGUAUCUACUUACUUUACCUGACCCAGUCCGCCGAUCGCCGAUCCCAGCAGGCUCCGCCGCCUUGGCUGGCCUCUGAUUUUCUGUGGGCCCUCACCGCUGCCUGUGGCUCACGAGAGGCCCACAUGGUUAAACGUGGUAGGCUCAGUGGUGCGUGUGUGGCUGACCGGACCCUGGCUGCAUCCAUGUGUGUGGAAGGUUGUGUGGCUGUGUGUGCCUCUGAGAGGUCUUCAUUUGUUGCCUGUGGUUGCGUGAGACGGGUGAGAUGGAUGCUGGUGAACUUAUGUGUGUGACGCGUGUGAUGCGUAAGUAGGUGGCUAAGUUAAAACGGACACGUCAUCUCUCCC